AUGAGACAGCUGAAACCAGCAAUUUUGGCGCUCGCCAGUGCGCUAGGCUAUGGCUCCUCGUUAUGGCCGAGUACUCAACAUGGUGAACCGGUGGACCCAAACAUUCUCACCAAUUUUGGUGCCUGGUCCUUCUACGUUCCAGGCGGCGACGUUGGACGCUACGACAUUCCCGACAAGUCCUUCCCGGGCUGCGAGGUCGAUCAGGUCAAUCUCUUCAUGCGGCAUGACUUUCGCGGUCCUUCGAAAGGAGUGGGUUCGGGAAUCGCAACCAUGAUCUCAAAGCUCGUCAACGCCAGCACCGCAGACAAUGCCGACUCGAAGUUCAGCGUGAGCGAUGGACAGCUCCACCCCGAGCUCGAGUUUCUCGCCAAGCUCAACGAAACUUACAGCGCUGUGACGCCAGAGCUGCUCACUUCAUAUGGAGAGCAGGAUGCACACUCGAGCGGCUACCACUUCGGAAACCGAUACGGCCAUCUGCUGGGCAAAAAGGAUUGGUACAAUGCGCCCGUCAACCAAUCCUUGCCCGUCUUCGCGCGGACAACGGAUCAGAGCAGGGUCAAUGUCACCAGUUGGGCCUUCUCGGAAGGCUUCUUGGGACUCAAUUGGCGCGAACGGCUGGCGGCUCCCUUGCUGACUCUUCCUGACAGCUCGUCGACCUUCAACGACUCACUUGCGGUGGGGACGUGCCCCUUCUCUGCCAAAGACACCUCGUCGGACAAGGCCUUUGCGGCGUGGAACAGCGUUUACCUUCCCAAGGUCGUCUCGAGGCUCCAGCGAGCCCUGCCCAACCUCAAUCUGACCACGUCCGACGUACAAGCCAUGCAGAACGCUUGUCCCUUCCAGUCGGCUUAUCUCGGUCGCCUUUCGCCUUUCUGUGCCAUCUUCACCCUCCGCGAGUGGGAGCUCUACUCGUACGGCCAGGACCUACAGCAGUACGAGAACGCGGGAUAUGGUGGACCCCUGGGUCGGGCCUGGAGUGUUGGGUGGGUCAACGAGCUGCUUGCGCGACUCACGGAGACGCGAGUCAAAGACCACACGUCGACCAACACCACCUUGGACGAAAGCACCACGACCUUCCCAAUCGGUCUUCCUGUUUACUUGGACUUUACGCACGACACGCAGAUCGCGUCCGCCAUCGCAGUCUUGGGCCUGCUCAAGGAUCAGAUCAGCCCUACCAGCUAUCCAAAGAAAGACCGACUAUGGAAUUCGGCGCAUAUUGUGCCGAUGGGGGCUCGUAUCAUCGUCGAGCGACUGAAAUGCGAGAACAAGAAGAGCAAGUACGUCCGCGUGCUGCUCAACGACGCUGUUGUCCCCCUCUCCGGGCUCAAAGAAUGCAACUCCCACGCACAAGGUCGGCUCCACGCCUCUGCAGGUCUCUGCAAGGUCGAGGAUUUCGUGGACAGUCAGAGCUUCGCCCAGGCCGGAGGCAACUGGAACAACUGCUUCCUCAAGUGA